UUUCUAUUUUUAGCUCUCACUUCAUCUACUAAGACUAUACCCACCACUAGCGUUGCUAAGACAACGUCAAAUAAAAGUGGAGCACCUGCCAGCAAUAGAAGAAGAGGACCUAAUGUGAAGGGGAGCAGAAAAAGAAAAAGUGAUUUAACAGGGGCCAAAGCCAAAAAAAGAAAUUCGAAAAAUUAUGAGAAUAGAAAACUAAUGAAAAAAGAUCUACCAGUGGAUGUCAGUAAAUGGUCCAUUGGUGACGUUAAGAAGUUCUUUGAGUCUAAGCCAGAUUGUCAGCCGGUCCUCUCACUGCUUGAAGAUCAGGAGAUUGAUGGGCAGGCACUGCUACUGCUGAGUCAGGACACCAUGGUCAAGUGUUUGAAUAUUAAACUGGGACCAGCUUUAAAGAUAAUGGCUCAUGUUGAUCAAUUGAAGCAGCAACAGGCGACCCACACAUAAACAAUACAUGUACAUGUAUCUUAUCAUCACACACACACUCAUGAUGUGAAGUACAUUAGAGGAUUUGAUGCACUUUCAUUAUGUUACAUGUACACCGUAUGUCUUUAACAUUAAUAGAUAUUAUGGAUAUGGUACUAUUUCUUUUCUUUUUGU